GCUGAGGGUCCCUAUGGAGACGACGCGCUGCCCGCCCCACCCCUCUCUCCGCUGCGCGGAGGCCUUGCUGUGGCUUUCAGUCCCGUCCCGCGAGGAGGCAGCCGCACGCCGGUCUCUCGGCCACUUCCCGGAGCUGCCCUGUGAACUGCCCUGCGGAGAGGCCCAUGGUGCAAGGAAGGCAAGGGAGGCCUCCAGCCAGCAGCCCAUGAGCAGCUGAACCUGCCAACAGUCAUGCGAAUGAGCUCCAGAUCCUUCAGAUGAGACUGGAGUCCUGGCCAACACGUGGACUGCAGACUUGUGAGACCCUGAAGUAGAGCACAGAGGAAGUCCUUGUGGGGACACAGUGCAAAGCAGGCUGUCUACAAGCCACGAAGAGAGGCCUUACCAGAAACCAGGCCGGACAGCACCUUGAUCUUGGACUUCUCGCUUCCAGAACUGUGAGAAAUAAAUGUUGUUCAGGCCACUCGGUCUGUGUAUCUGUCCCGGCACCCAGGUAGACUAAGGCCCACUCCACUAAGCUGUGACUGCUUUCCUGACCCACAGGGACUUUGAGAUAAUAAGGGUUUGUUGUUUUGAGCUGUUAAAUUGUGGGGUGAUUUGUUAUGCAGCAAUACUAAUACAUUAGCCUAAUAUUUUCCUCUGCACCCUCUUUGAAUUGUGUCCUCAUAUAGAGGCAGGUGGGUGCCCUCUUGAGCCUUUGGAUUCUUGCUUUCCAGAGAAAGAAAAAAGUCAAUAUUCCUGGCUGAUAAGGAAUCAUUCCAGUUUCUGAGUCAUUUUCCCAGCAAAGUGAAAAACAACUCUGGCUUAGAUUCACAUUUGGGUGCAAGUAGAUGAGGACAGAAUAAAUUCAAUGACUUGGGUUCAUGAACUCCUUGUGUAUAUUUGUAUGGAUUGUCUUCCAUGGAGAUACAUAUAUAUGAAUUGCUGUAAUUAUGUCUGUGUAAAUGAGCUGCUAUAAUUAUAUAGUUCCAUUAAUAUACUGGAUGUUUCUAGGCAAUCUUAAUUAAACAUCUAUUGAAAUGACCCUAUAGUUCUUAGAACUGGAAGACAGUAAUUUGCUGAGAUGUCAGCCGGGGAUUCUUCCAGGAAAACUCUGGGAAUGGAGAGCUACCACACAAGAUUCAGUGCCUGGACACCUUUCAGCAACAAGACUUUGAACAGACAACUCUUUCAGGAAAGAGUCGCUCUUAUAAGUCACUGGUUUGACCUUUGGACUAACAAGCAACGUCAAGAAUUCUUAUUCACGAUAUUUUUACACUGCACUAAAUCACAAUUAAGGUUUGUCCAAGACUGGUUUUCCGAAAGGAUGCACGUGGCCAAAGUGGAUUUCUCUACAGUGUUACCACGGUUCCUUUCUCUGCACAUCUUCUCCUUUCUGAAUCCGAAAGAUUUGUGUGUGGCUGCACAAGUCAGCUGGCCCUGGAAGUUUUUAACUGAACAGGAUUGCUUAUGGAUGCCCAAAUGCAUUAGGUUUGGGUGGUUUCUGCCCUAUGCUCCGGCGGAUAACGAGUACGGUGCCUGGAAGCACCACUACAUUGCCUGUGUGUCUAACUUAGACUGGCUGACACCCAGGGAAGCCGCUGCUGUUUAUGGGACCCUGAAUGAGCCCAAAACAGGAGACGAGGAGCUACAGGAGAGACAAAGAGAAAAGUGCCUAAGGAAAGCAAUUUGGGAGAAAAUUGCACUACGUAAGAAGGAGUUACUCAGAGUCCGACCCCCAUGGGGGAGUGGAACACGCUGCUGGAGAUUGUUAGAAUCCAGAUACCAGCCACGUCUCUCCCAGACCUCGAGGGGUCGAGUGGGAUUACAGGAAGUUGUAGAGAAACAGCUGGUCUCAGCAUCCUUGGAAGCUUUGCCCAGGCGGAGCAAUGUUUCUGGAAGCCAUUCCUACCCUUUACUAUCAAAGAAAAGUUGGCGAGGAGUUUAUAAAAAUGAUGACAGCUCUUCUCGUGCUUCCCAGCCACACGUCGUAUUAAUAUCAUCUCGGAUUCCUGCAUAUGAGGUGGUGGUGGACAGUGUCAGGGCAGGGGUCAUUUCUGUGGUUUAUGAACACAGUGGCCUAACCUUGGAGAGCCUGCUUUAUCUCGUAGAAAAAGCUCUGGAUGGGAAGAGGGCACAAAGUCUGGGGGUAUUCAGUGAUGGAAAUAGCAGAGAAAUCCAUUUACUCCAAGGCUAUGAAAUUGGUAUUAAAAAUUUAUUGAGGCCUGAGGCGAGAGACUUCUGGGAGAGAUUAGGAAGCUAUGUGGCCCCUGAGGAAGAAGGGGGUCACGUGGACCUGUUCGUACCACUCGGAGCCUCAGCGUCCACAUACAGAGGAAAGUGCCUGAGCAGCCCAGAAGCCACAGUCAGUCAAUCUGAGAAGACUCUCCCUGCUGUUCUGAACCUGGAGUGCGUGAGCAGGAACCCCGAGGCCAGGGCCUUGGGCUUGAAUCCCACUGGUGCCACGUCAGCGGUGGCCUCAGAGGCAGGAAUGGAAGUUCUCUCACAGCUGUCUCAGCUGACCGGCACGUUGUUUACCGCCCCCACUGGGAUUGCUACUGGCUCUUACCAACACAUUCUUAGUGACUGGCUGGGACGACCGUGGGAAAGAGCGCCCCCUUCCAUCUACUUCAGUGAAUCAAAGCUGCAGGUGUGGUCCAGCCUCACGGACUUCCUGGAAGACACCUUGAAAUCAGCAAGGAAACAGUUGAGUCCCCUCUUCAAGGAGUUGCAGAAAAACAUCAGCGGCAGGAUGAUAGGGCAAUUUGUAUUUGACACCAUGAAUAUGGCUAACAUUCUGAAUAACCAAGGAAUUGCACAAGCUCUGGCAGAAGGAUUGACAGAACUUUCAAAAGAAAACUCUGACAAACCUCUGGAAUUUUUGUCAUAUUUUCUGCUGAAGAAAUGUAGUAAGAAGAGCAAAGAUUUGGAAGGAAAUGUCCUGACAGAACGUGGCCCCGAGGCGGCCUCCGGUCCAUCCGCGAAGGAAAGAAAUGUCAUGGAAGACAAUCCUCAGGACAAAAAGUCGAGUCGCAGCCAAAAUGAUCCAAACUUUGAGGUGCUGGUUCAGCUGGAGAAAAAGCUCCAGGUGGACUCUGCCGAGAAGCGAACUAAAGUUGUCAGGGAGCUCUUACAGAGUGAGAGGAGGUACGUGCAGAUGCUGGAGAUGCUGAGGGACGUUUAUGUAACGCCCCUGAGAGCAGCGCUGUCAUCAAACAGAGCAAUUCUGAGUGCUGCAAACAUCCAGAUCAUUUUCUCUGAUAUUCUGCAGAUUUUAAGUCUUAACAGGCAGUUUCUAGACAACCUGAGGGACAGGCUGCGGGAAUGGGGCCCAGCUCACUGCGUGGGAGAAAUAUUCACAAAGUUUGGAAGCCAGUUGAACACAUACACGAAUUUCUUCAACAAUUACCCUGUUGUUCUGAAAACUAUUGAGAAGUGCAGAGAGAUGAUGCCAGCAUUCCGAGCUUUUCUGAAGAGACGCGACAAGACUGUGGUGACCAAGAUGCUGAGCCUUCCCGAGCUGCUUUUGUAUCCAUCCCGAAGAUUUGAGGAGUAUCUUAAUCUUCUCUACGCUCUGAGGCUUCAUACCCCUGCAGAACAUGUUGACCGUGGGGCCUUGACCACUGCGAUUGACCACAUCAAAAAAUAUAAAGAUUACAUAGAUCAGAUGAAGCAAGACAUCAAUAUGAAAGAGCAGCUGUCAGACAUACAGCGAGUCAUCUGGGGGUGCCCUCCUCUAUCAGAAGUAAACAGAUAUCUGAUUAGGGUCCAAGAUGUAGCCCAACUUCACUGUUGUGAUGAGGAAACAAGCUCCUCUUCAAGGCUCUACGAACACACCCGUGACCUCAGUCUCUUCCUCUUCAACGACGCCCUGCUGGUUUCCAAUCGGAGCACCUCUCACACUCCAUUUGAAAGGACUUCAAAAUCAACCCACCAGUUCAUUGCCUCAGUGGCCCUUCACCGGCUACUCAUAGAAGAUAUCUCAGAUACCAAAUAUAUCAAGAAUGCAUUUAUCCUUCAAGGUCCCAAAUGUGAAUGGAUUUGUGCUACGGAGGGUGAGGAUGAUAAGUUCCUAUGGCUGUCCGUCCUCCAAAAUGCAAUCAGAAGCAGUAUGGAGAAGUGAGACGGGACCUAAAGAACACUGCUGGGUGCCAACUGUCCCUCAUAGACAAUCCAAAGACAGACAACAUGUACUUUCUGUUCCAGAAGAUGCAGUAAGAAGCAGAAUGAUUAUUUGUCAUGGAUGAUGGCAGGGUGAACUUGGAUGACCCGUAAGCUUCCUCUUAUCUUUUAAACCUUAUCAUCUAUGCUCAAUUAUAUGAAAUGUACAAUAAGAAUAAUUUGAGUCCAAAAUUUUGAACCACUUGUUUUGGUAGUUAUUUUUCAUGGACAGUAUUAUUGAGUUAUCUGACUGAUGAAACGUAAGACAGAACAAGGAUAUUGUGUAUUUAAAGUUUUGUUUUAUGAUCUAAUGAAAAAUAAAACCAGACUGGAAGGUGUUUCUUAAAUGAUCAGUCUAGAGAAAUAUUUUAAGUUGUUGGUGAUUACCAAUCAUCUUUAACAUUUUCAUGAAAUAAUUAUUGAUUGAAAAAUAUUUAUAAGAAAUAUAAAUGGCAACUUACUCAAAAACUUGUCACAUAUAUCCUUAUUAUAAAUGUAUCCCUCCAGAGAACAUUAAAAAUAUACCACUACAAAGUACUAAAACAUUUUCUGCAAUUUUUAAAGUGUUCUUUGGUUGCAAAAUUAAAUUCUUAGACUUUCCAAAUAAGCAGCUUUAAAAAUUUGUGACAUUGUUAAAUUAGAAGGCUAUUGGGGAAAAAAACUUUAAAACAAAGAUAAAUGGAAACCUAGCAAAACUUGCCUGUAAUGGAGUUUAGCUGAAUAAAAAUGAAGAAAUUAGGACAAUUCUGUUUUAAAAUAGAGAAACAGCAACAGAGGUGUUGAGUUGUUUUCUGGGCCUUUAAAUCCUUCAUCUAAUUAUUUAACAAACUGAAGCCAUAACUUCUUAGCCACCUGGAAACUUUAGCUGAUGUGUGCAGCAGUGAUAAUGUAUUUACUUAGUUAAUAGAUAAAAGUUCUAUUAAUCUUGGAAGCUUUUGGUUUUUAGUUUCCUUUUUGCUUCAUGUUCUCCUUUAAAGUAAUCGAAUUUACUAACUAGUACGGUCUAGGAUUGUGAACUAGGCUAUAUUAAAGAUUUUGUUUUUUCAACAACAAAAAUAAAAAUUCUAAUUCUUAAAAA